AACAGGUCCGCAACAGCAGCAGCAACAACACAGACGACGCGAGGAGGAGAUUCCUUUCACAGCAUUUCAGUAUCUGGACAUGCCCGGACUGCGCUCUUCAUCAUGCUGAGCAGGAAGGGCUCCUUUGCGGGGACGAUGAGCGCUGCAGCUGGGGUGGACCGCGGCAGGGUUGGGGAGAGGCUGCAGGCUGCUUUGGCCGGGCUGCAGGAGCUACAUCUGCUCCGGGACCGACAGAGUGACAUGGUGAGCUGGGCGCUCCGGGUGGACCGAGAGGAGCCGGUCACUUCGGUGCGCACUGAGCCGGAGGGGCCGUGGAUGAUGGGGUCCGAGGAGCAGCGACUGGAGGCGACCCUGACAGCCCUGAAGCAACAGCUGUCUCGUCUGAGGAAACAGGAUGUCGGCCUGAAGACACACUUGCAGCAGCUGGACCAACAGAUCAGUGAGCUGAAGCUGGAUGUGAGCAAAGCCUCUACAGAGCAGCUGGAGAGUGACAGCAGGCCGAGUUCGGGUUUCUAUGAGCUCAGUGAUGGUGGUUCCUGCUCCCGAUCCAACUCCUGCACCUCCGUGUACAGCGAGUGCCAGUCAUCCUCUCAAACAAGCCUUCUCCUCAUUCCCAUGAGCCCUGAUAAUUGUCAGAUCAGCCCUCCCCCAAAAGUCGACAUAUGCCGCCGCCGUUCUGCUGACGAGAGCACCACCCAGCCCAACCCUCCACGGGCCACAGGCCUCCAUCUGGGCAGCAGCAGGAUCCGAGCAAGCAGUGCAGGCGCUGAACAGGCCCGACCCAGACCUGUGUCAACAGGUGAUCUUGACCGAAUGAUGGCUCAAGGACUGGGCUAUUACAGAUCUGUGGAUGCAAGGAAACCCCCAAUAUGCCCAAAUCUGAAGACCUCAAUAGUGGACCCCAAGUUUCAGCGCAAUCUAGAGUCCCACAGUGGGACUGAGGUGUACCAGUACCCUAGCCCCCUGCACGCUGUGGCUCUCCAGAGCCCAAUCUUUUUCAAUAUGACUGAAAAAGGCACUCCUGGACUUCUAGACGGCCAAGGACCCCCAGUAAACAGUUAUGACACCCUACAGAGGACACAAAUGGGGUAUGACACCAAGACCCUGGGUUACAUUGAUAAGCUCCUCCAGCGCAGUUUCAGCAAAAUCCAGAAUGAAACAGCCACAGAGACUCUGGAGACACGCAGCAGCUAUCACAGGAGGCCCACUGAAGUUGCAACUCUGUUUUCUGUAUUUCCAAAAGAUGUGCUGCAGCCUCCUUCAGCCAAGACCACCAGUAUCAUCCCACUAGAUAGCAGCCAUAAGAGACACUGCAUGACAUACUCCAGCCAAGAGACAGCUGAUAAAACAAGCCACACCUCAGUGAGAACCCCAGAGGUUUCAUAUCAGCAUUCCUAUUCUGCUGCCAUGAGGGAGUGCAGCUCUGAUGAGGUCACCUAUUUAUCCUUGAAAAAGAACGAUAAACCUCAAGGAGAAUAUCCAAGUGUAGCAAGGAGCUAUUCUGAGAAAAGAUGUGGAGAUAAUCCAGAGCCAAGGCCACAGGAGAGAAAAGGUCACAGGCAAAGACCAGUGAUGGCCCAUAGCUCUAGCACAGAGGAGGGUCAAGGCUUUGAGGUUCAUAGUGGCCACACAGCUUCACCUGAGUUUGUCCAUGCCAAAUUCGUCCCUGCUGGAUCUCAGAGGGUCAAAGUCAGGCAGACAGGCAGUAAAACCAAAGCCGUGAGGCUGAAAAGAAAAAGCAGUGACAAGCCUCGAGCAGUGAGGCAACAACACAAAUACUUCUCCAGGGACAGGACCAGAGAGACCAGCGGUGGGACAAAGUGGGAGCAGAGAAUAUCCGGACAGGGAAAAGUGACUCAGAAAUUUGCCAACUGUCUCUCAGAGGAGCACAGACAGGGGUCGGGCUCAGACUCCAGCCUCUGUAGUCCGGCACUCAUGCACAACCACAAGGUCCACCCAAAGCCUCAGUCCAUCCCUGCUGUCACAAAGUUCAGCAAAGGCCGCAGACUGCAGUGCUUGGAGUAUGAGCAGGCUGUAGACCUGAGGAAGAGGAGGCAACCAACUGCCAAAUGUCCGUCUGAUGUGGACAUGUUCCAGGCCUUGUGUGCUCAGCGUCAGAGGUCAAAGGAGCUCCACACUCAGGCACUAGGGGCCAUGCAGAUGGUCCGCAGUAUGAGCGCCAGACCAGGCCAGUGGAUAGGACCUGCACGCUCCUUCCAGUCCUCCAUGUCCUCUAGUUCCUUCCUCUACACUCUCAAUGCCAGAUACCCUCCAGCACCCUUUAACGUCUCCAGUCACUACCCACCCAGAUGUGAGUCUGAGUAUUCAGCCGAAUGCGCCUCACUAUUUCACUCCACCAUUGCUGAAAGCAGUGAGGGGGAGAUCAGUGAUAACACCACCAACCGCUUUGGAGAUAGCGAGUCCAGCCAAAGCUUCCAGUCCCUUUCAGACUCUGACAGCAGCUUAUCGCUGGACGAGGGGGACCAGGUGGACAGCCACGAGGAGGAGGGAGGUCUGGUGUGGGCCGAGGCUGCAAUGGGGCCCACCGCCGCUGGACGUCCCCUCAAGCAGCUCCCACCUCGCCCCGAGCCAUCCACCUGCCGCAUCAAAGCUUCCCGAGCCCUGAAGAAGAAGAUUCGACGGUUUCAGCCUGCCUCCCUGAAGGUCAUGACCCUGGUGUAGAAGUGUUCCCCCGAGGGCAGAAUGACAACUCUUGGCAGAAACACAGAGAGUUGUGGGAAAUACUUUUCGCAUAUGGUCUCUCAGGAAAACACUGUUAAUCUAAGGGGGAAUGCAUUUUGUGCACUGAUUGCUUUGUUGAAAAUUUUAAAAAGUUUCACAAGCAUUGAACUUGAGUGUGCAAAAAGUGCAUUGUAUAAAAGCAUGCAUAACACAAUUACUACACUUACCUUUUAACUACUUAUAUUGCUGUAAUUAAACUUUUCCAUAGCAUGUGGCUGCAUUGGACAAUUACAUGGACAUUUCUGUCAUAUAUUUGUCUGUCCCUGAGAAAUAAAAAGAAUCUUUACAUUUCUUAUGCCAAAUAAUUGUGUAUUUUCAAAUAUGUUUUCAUUUUGUUCAUUUGAUUGUAAUUAUCCUGGUUUAUCAUAUUAGAAUAAACUGAUAUUUAAUGUCUAUGUG